AUGGAUGAAGAGACAUGUCUUUUUCCUCUGUUUGAAGUAACAUUCGAACUCCAAGAACCAGAUAUGGUUUUCAUACCGUGCCUGGACAUAGAAGAACCAGAUGGGUUCUACGCUCUCGUAGAAUCUCUUUUAAACGACAUUUUGGAUAUGGCCAAGCUUAUUCCACGAAUCAAAAAGACACCCGAAGUGUUAGAGUGGUUGGAAAGACAGGCUGAAUUGGAGAGGUUAAGAGUCGAAGAGGAGCAGGAAGAAGAGGAAGAGAAGGACAAGGCACCAAAAGGAGAUGCUACAGGUGGGAGCUUGAAACCGCAGGCUGAGAAAGGAAAACCUCCAGAACAUAAAGCGGAGGAAGCAGACACGCGAGUUAGUAGAAAGGAAAGCAUUACAUCAACAGAGGAGGAACACGGGGAGGAAGAUGAGUUAGCAGCUUACCUCCAAGGUCUAGCAGAUGCCCCUCCUCCAGACAAUUACAUGGAAGAUGUGGAAUCCAAUGUAACCUUAUGCGACGUAGCAACUGAAGUUUUAUGUCGCGUGCAAGUUGCCAUUGGUCAGGCCCAUGACUAUGCGAACAAAUUCCAAGAUCACGCAUAUUUGUGGUUGGAUGACAGACAAGAGUUUCUUGAGCAAUUCCUCAAGUAUGGGCAUGCUUUGAGCCCUGAAGAGGAAGAACUCGUGGGGGUCUUCUUGGAAGACGGAAGCCCAGCACUGAAGGACGUUGCACCUACGCUUCAAACAUUCAAAGAGCAGAUCGAUUACUACGAGGGAAUGUUUGUUACUCUUCAAUCUAUAGAAUCAGAAAAAAUUAUUUGUAAAUGGCUACGGAUAGACGUCCGUCCUUUCAGACAUGCUGUUUUGAAUACUGUUUGCAAGUGGAGCAACACCCUGAAACAACAUUUAAUUCACGAUGUUGAAUACAAGUAA